AUGCCUUCUCAUUUCAGAAUUGGUUGUUAUCCGUAUAUCAAGUAUCAUUGCACGAAAGAACCUUGGAAAGAUUUCAGUACCGAAAAUUAUUUAUAUAAAUUUAUUACGGUUUUGAAUUGCGGAUUGCCUUGUCUUCUGUACGGAUUAGCGGCACAAGCUUUUAUCCAACAUACUGAUUAUAUUGUGGACAAAAAUACGGGUCAGAAAGUUGCGAUCAAAUUUUUGCUUAAAGAACUUCACAGUUGA